AUGGAUUUUUCGCUUUUGAGUUCGUUAAGCUUGGCCAUGGACACCAUGGCCGAGAAUCAACAGUGCCAUCCUCUAAAAGACCUUCCUGUCUUCAAGACUUUGGAUGAAUCGAGUACUCAUCGCAGCGACUCGCGAUCAUGGAAAUCGCGACCAAACGCGGUGCGAGAAAUUCCAAGCUCUGCAAGGAAACCUGUGAAUACGCCGCCGCUGGCGGCGUAUUCGGCUUCUGCUGAACAACCGUUUUAUCCCAGGGGAAACCCACACUCUUCGUCGUUCAACGCGUUCGAAAUGCAGCUUGAACUGCACGAAAGACAACUUCAAAGAAUCCGAUCGAUAGGCUGGGACUCUAUAAGGCCCAUUGGUGUCGACCUCACUUUGAGAGAGCGAGAAGAAAUCGCCAAGAUCGAGGCAAAAGAAAAGGAAGAGGAGGAGCGUAACUACCGGCAGCUCCGGCAAGAGCAGUCUCUAAAUGACCCUUUUGGUGAGACCGUCGCUUCUCCAACCCCAAGACUCCAAACCUCGCUGGAACAGUCUCCUCCGCCUCCUGAUAUGGACAUAAAUCUCGACCAAGACGUGCAGGAAGACGAGACGUCCUACGACUACGACGAUGAGUUCGCCAGGAUCGAUGGCGAAGAAGAACAACCGUCCGCCCUGGCUCAGCGUAACACAGACCGACCGGAACGGAUCGUGCAACAGUUCAUCGAAACCUCCCAUAUUGAAGGCUUGAGCCAUCCUUACGAUGUCGAGAAUACGUAUAACGGCUACGACUACGACGAGGUCGAUUCCCAUGAGGGAACGCAGCCUCAUCUGGGGAGUGUUCCCUCACUGUUACCACCGAUUCGAAACACAGACCUGGGUAUCACAGCACAUAUGACCGACGCAACUCCAGUGCGCAAUCCCAUCUUAUCACGCCGGCGUCAAGAAAGACGAGUCACCUUUGACUCCAGUGAUUGCGAGUAA